UGUCAGCGCGCUAAGCCCAAGCCCCAAUCUGCUCCGAGAGAUGCUGAUCGGCUUACGGGCCGGGAGUUUGCUCGCCGCCUUUCCUAAACCCCAGACCUGCCUCCCAAACCCCUCUCCCCUCCCUCCUGGACCCGAGGUGGUGCCCGCAGCGGCAUGGCCCGGCCCGGGGGUGGCCGGCGGGCAGGGGGCGACGAGACCCCCCCGAGGCUCCGGGACGCCUAGGCGGCGAGCCGGGGUGCCGGUGUCAGGGGUGUCGGCGACAGGGUUGUCGGUGACAGGGGUGUCGACAUGGUGCUGCUGUCGGGGGCCGGGGGGCAGCUGGCCGGGGAGCGGGUCUGCCCCGCUCCGGGCUCCGGCAAGGAGCUGCCCGAGGCGGAGAGCGGCCCCGAGCAGGGGGCAGAGGGGGCUGCCGGCCAGGGGCAGGGCGACGAGGAGGAGGAGGAGGAGGAGGAAGAGGACUGCGAGGAGUACGAGGAUUUCUCCGAGCUGCCCGACACCUGCAGCAUCGCCUCGGACGACUCCUUCUACCCGCCGAGGGGGCUGGAGGACGAGGCGGAGGAGGGCUGGUCCCUGGAGCAAGGGGACGGCGACAGCCCCGAGGCGCUGAGCCUCUUCCGAGCCUGCUGCACCAACAACGCCGUGGUGCUCCGGGCGCUCAUCCGACAGGGCCCCGAGGAGGAGGAGGUGCGGGAGACCGACCGCAACCGCCGGAAUGGUCUUAUCGUUGCCUGUUACCAGGGGUAUGUGGAUAUUGUAAUAGCCUUAUCACAAUGCCCUCACCUUGAUGUGAACUGGCAGGACAACGAAGGGAACACGGCCCUCAUCACAGCUGCGCAGGCAGGGCACAUAACCAUUACAAACUACUUGUUGAACUAUUUUCCUGGGCUUGACAUUGAGAAGAGGAAUGUGUUCGGAUUCACAGCGCUGAUGAAAUCUGCAAUGCAGGGACGAACAGAAUGUGUGAAAGCCUUGAUGUUGGCAGGGGCCAAUGUUCACUCGACUGACCCAAGCCGUGGACUGACUUCGUGGGAAUGGGCUUGUUACACAGGAAGAUCAGAAUCUGCCUUCAUCAUGCAAAAGCUGAUGGAUAGGCCAUGCCCAGAACAGUUAUGUGAUCAAUACAAACCAGAAUGGCCAAAGAUGAAGGAACUCCUUGCCAAGGCUGCAGAGCCAAAGACCUGUUUGCAGAGGAUUUCUGAGUGCAUGAGAUCGGCUGUCUCAUUCCGUGUUUUCCAUGGCCCAGAAGAAGACGGGGUCCUUGAUCACAUGGUGAAGGUGACCACAAGCUUAGGCAGCCCUUUCAUUGCUCUGUCAUGCAGGACUGUGUGCCCAGGAAGCCCACCUGCUGUGGGAAAACGCAGACUGGCUGUUCAGGAAAUCCUUAGGAAGCAGAGAGCUGAGGAGAUCCGAUCCCUGGACAAAGACCACGUUAGCAGCUAUGAGAAAUUAUUUCAGAACUCCAAAAUCACAUUGAUCCCCAAGAAGAAGGACCGGCGAGCCAGUUUGCAGCCCGUCAGCCUUGCAGUGUCUCAAAUGAACACUAUAGCCACCAGGAAAACAAGCCUCUUGCCGCUCCACCUGCUCAGACGGAGCAGCGUGAGACCAGGAUUUGUCAUCCCCAAAGUCCGUAUCAGCAAGGCUCCUCCGCCCACCUUCCAGCCAGAAAAUGCGAGAAGGAGGAGCAGCGCUAAAGACGACCCCUAUUUGCAGAUUCCUAAAUGGAGGUACAAGGAGCUAAAAGAGGAGCGGAAGAAGGCAGAGGAACAGGAAAAGAAAAGAGCCGAAGAGGCUCAGAAACAGAGGCAGGUGUCUCCUGCCAGAUCCAGGACCUGAUUUAAUGGCAGUGAGGAAGGUUUGAGAGCCAUUAGUCUUGUUAUCUGAGCAAGAUAACAGACUGCAUGCCAUCAUGCAUGCCUGCUGUUGUUGGAGCUGGAAUACUGAGCAAUGGCCUUUACAGUGCAUAAACAGGGCAAGGGCUAUGCCUCGGUGUGUCUGAUCAUGGACAUGAAGGUACUUUGGGGUGGAAGACAGAAAAGUAUACCUGUCUGCUGUUGAUAGGAAGUUUAAGUGGUGCUGUCCUUUUAUGGUUUCCUUUCUUCCAGUUCCAGGUGAAUGACAGAGGAGCAGCUUGAAAAACAACAUGUGAAAGGAUCAUAUUUUGUGUUUGUUCAUUUUGUAAUGGACAAAAUUGAGGAGUUGUGCUUUUGACACUAGAUAUCUUUCCCCUCCUUGUAUAGGUAGACAUAUUUCAAAGUUUCAUAGUAAUAAGGAAAAGUUUUAAAUAUACCACAGAGUCUCAGUGGGCAGUGAACAUCCAAUCCUAUAACUGUUUUGAAUAUACCAAGCACUUUAUAUUAAUACAGUAAUCAAAGUUUAAGACAGUAUAGGUAUUAAACUGUACAGCCCUAUAUGGUCUGUAUGGGUACAAUUCUUAAUGAUAUUGUUUUGUUGAGUAUAAAAAAGGGCUGUAUAUGAAAUAUUUCUAUAGUUGAGGUAUUCGCAUCCUCUGCAGAUAUAAAUCAGGGGCAAGGACUGAUUUUUCUGGAGCAACAGAGAAGCUGAACUAAUUUUUGUAUGCCACAGUCACCUAAUAUUUGCCUCCCCCAUUAAGUUUCCCUGAAUCCUCUAUCUGUUGUCUCCUCUUUAGGCUCAGGGAUUUAUUUGCCAUUGAAUUUAACUGUGAAAUGAGGGAGAUGGUGAACCACAGGUGGGCUUUAUUUUUAUUUUUUAUUUUUUUCUCUUUAUAUUUAAAUUCCUAUUUAAAAAAUAAAACCACCAGGUUUAUUGUGAGUGUCUACUCUAGGACCUUUUUGCAUUAUAGCCAGGACAGAAUAAUCAUGCAGCUUCUGGGAAUUCAAGCAAUUUUCCGAGGUAUCAAGUCUAGCCAUAGGCUAUGAAAAUCCAGUUGGUGUCAGGCAGCUCAGCCACUGGUGUUUGGAAAUCAUGGCCGGAUUCAUUGUGAGCUUUGAUAUUAUGCACCUGGGUGCCCACAGAAGGCAGGACACUACUCCACUUUCUCAACACUGGAAGAAAACACUCUCUAGCACUGAAGGUAAAGCAGGAAUGGACCAUGAUGGUCUGUGGUAAAAGACUGCCACAUCAGACAUCCUGUCCCAGACCCUGAAGCCCACGGGAUAUGUGGGGACACACUGUCCUCACAAUCCAAAGACUCUUAGAGCCAUUCUCCCAUCCCCAGAUUUGAUCUAAAUUGUUGGGUUGGCCAGGGCAGCACAUUGUGCUUACAGAAACAUUGUCUAAACUUGCUGCUUACUUAAAAAAAAA